AUGACAAUUCGAUGUCCCAUUCACCACCGAACUCGAGAUCGGGACGACGACGACCACCGAGUUAGGGAGCAGAGUCAGCAUCGAGAUGACCGUCAGAAUCGAGGUGACCGUCAUGAUGGCCAGCGUUCUUAUCACGACUCCCGGGACAGGGGCAAGGGACGUUACAAUCCGGAUGAUUCGAGCGUACCUAGCGACUCGCGUAUGCGGAUUCCGAUGAAGGCCGGCUGGGAUGAAGAUUCGUGGCCUACAAAAUAUUACGCUUUGUCAGCGAAAGCCAAGCGUCUCGUCGACCAGAAGUUUGAUGAACUAACCGAGCAGGGGCGCCUCGCUCUCCCCGACGGGCAGGCAACGAGCGAGGCAGCUCAAGUCCAAGCGGCUUAUAACAAGAUGUCCGCGAGUCUUCGACAGCACCUAGAGCCUCCUACCGGGAAGACAACAGUUGCGGAGUUUGCAGCUCAAGUGAACGUGCGUAAGAACCAAUGGUUCGAAUUAUACAAGCGCCGUUCGUCGCGUGUAAGUGAUUCCAAGCAGCGAGAGGCUUCCAGCACUUGA